AUGCCAAAGACCCAGCACCUUCUUCGAGAAGAGAUAACCUAUCCAGGAGCACGAAAUAAGGAAAUCAAUGUCCUCCAUAAACUCAGAUACUACGAGCAACAGAAUCGCUUCUUCUCAGCUGUCAAUGACGAGCGCGAUUGGAUGAAAGCCAUUGUCGCACAUCGUCUUGGUCUAGAUUCACCCAAUGCCUGCCGCAUCGCUGAUCGAGAUGAAUGGCUUAAUGGCACUUUCAAUCUGUGCGUUUUGGUUACCAUUGAGAAUUGGAAACGGAGACCGCAAUCUGGGAAACUCUUGAUCCUUCAUUUUCCUCUUCCAUAUCAUGUCGGGGAGGCUUUUUGGCCUGAGAAUGCUGACGAGAAGAUUCGUUGCGAGGCGGGAACUUAUGCAUGGCUUCAGCAGAAUUGUCUUGAUGUGCCGAUUCCGCGGUUGUAUGGGUUUGCGACGGCUACGGGGAAAAUGCUCCCCGUAGAAUGGUUCACACAACAGGGUGACAACAGUACACGGAGGAAGAACUUCUUUCGUGAUUAUUCCUGCAUCAUGCUGAGCGUCUCGCGCAUUCCCCUACCUGUGAUUGGAUCUUUUAUCAUUGACAGCAAUGCAAUGCGAGCAACAUUCCCAACAUUCUUCCGCCGAGAGUUGCGCCGCGGGUCCUUCGUCUUUGCCCUUACAGACCUCCACCAAAGCAACGUCCUUAUCGAUAAAGACCGGCACAUCACUUCAAUCGUUGACUUGGAAUGGGGAUCGGCUGUUAUGGAACAGGCGUGGAAAAGGCGGACGUUUUGGUAUUCUCUUGCGCUUACGUCUCCGACGGGGCUUCUUGCUUUGUUUUACAAUCACAUUCAGCCCCUUCUAACGGUAAAGGCUACUGCUCAUGAAACUUUUCAUGAGAUCAUGCCGUGGUAUUGGAAACUUGAGAUUUUCCAGAUUCUGAGACGCAAGGUGUUGGACAAGAAAGAUUACGACGCUCAACUAAGGCAAGCUUUUGACAACGGCGACAACGGCAACAGCAAGGGCAAAGGCAAAGAAAACCCACAAAUAGAUACCACCUAA